AUGCCAGCCAGAUCGAAAAAAGCCCAGACGACCAAGCAGAACAACUGCCGAGACCGCAAACGUGCGGCCUCGAUCGCCAAGUGGCUCAAGAAGCCCUGGGUUAAGGAGCACCUCCGCCGAGGGUUGGAAGUGCACCUGCAGAAGGUCCGCAACAACGUCAAGACCCUGAAGCAGCAGAAAGCCGACCUCCAGAAGGAGGUUGCCGCGAAGAAAAAGGACAACUUCUACCUUCGCCGUGAUGUCUUCCUGCACACGGCCUUCGACCGGGUGAAAAGCAAGAACGACGCCCUGCACAACCAGCUGGCCGAGGCCCGCGGCGAGCGCGACGCCGCCAAGCGGACGGCGCGCACCGCUCUGGCGAAGGGGAAGCGGGAGGGCGAGGAGGCCGCUUGGGAGAAGGCGAACAAGGAGCUCUGCAGCUUGCAGACUGCCCUCAGCAAGGCGAAGAACCGCUGCAUCUCCACGGAGAAGAGCAGGUUCAUGCUGAACGCCUCCAGAGCGCAGCGGGAGGCUUACCACGAGCUCGCCAAGCGGCCAAAAGGCCGCGGGGCGAGCCUGCGGGACGGGUGCUUCGGCACUCAGUAGCCCGCUGCCGCGGCCAACGACUAAUUCGGCCACCGGCCUUGCACGUGCAAGCCCAAGAGAAAAGAAACACAGGGCGGGGUUGCGAUGGUGCAACAAGGGCCGACGUCGAUUCGAUUGGCGGUUGACAAAGAGGGGCAUCCUGUUUUGGAUGCCCCUCUCAUCGAAGGUAGAAAGGGCCCGAGCACUCGAAACUGAGAAAACAG